AUGUCCAAGCCGACUUUGAUCUUCUGCCCUGGCGCCUGGUACCCAUCCAUCGCCUUCGACCCUCUGAUCGAGCUUUUACCCGAAUAUAAAACCCACACGGUGGCCUUCCCCUCCAUCCAGCAAGCAACGACAGUGCAAGACCUGAAACCGGACAUUGCAGCUAUCCGCGACCUCGUAGAGCGCGAGUGCGACGCGGGCCAUGAUAUCGUCGUGGUCUCGCACAGCUGGUCCGGUCUGCCUGUCAACAGCGCAUUGGACGGGUUGAGUAAAAAGGAGGGCAGACUAAGUGGCCAGAAGGGCGGUGUUGUCCGGCUAGUCUUUAUUUCUGCUUUUAUUCCAGAUGUUGGUGAGAGUCUGAUUGGGGCUUUUGGCGGUGUGCCACCGGAUUGGUAUAUUCGGGAUGAGGCCAAUGGUACAGUAUCAGCCCGUGACCCAUAUACACUUUUCUUUCACGAUGUCCCUGGCGGUGAGAAAUGGGCCGAGACGCUGCGUCCGCACGCAUGGGCGACCAAAAACUCCCCCGCCACGACUGCGGCGUAUCUGCGGUAUCCAAGUUCAUAUCUGCUUUGCGAGGAUGAUCGGGCGAUUCCCUUGUUUGUGCAGGAGUUAAUGGUGGAAAAGGCGCGCUCAAAGGGCGCCGUUAUUGAGACGGAGAAGAUCAAUACGGGGCAUUCGCCGUGGUUGGUGUCUCCGGAGCAGGUGGCCGCGUAUGUGAAGAAGCAGGUCGAGUUAUCUUCGGCUUAG